UAUAUAUAUGUCUAGCAAUUAUAAUCCAGUCCAUCUACAUUGGCCUUCUGGAGAAUCUGGACACAUCUCUAGUAGAGCAUCACUCUCGCCACCCCCCUGACCGCCCUUCUUGUCCAGUCCUCCUCCACCAACACCACCAUCACUCUCUCUAUCUAUUGCCCAUCAGAUACACAUGGCUUUUCUUGUUACUUCUCAGCCUUCAAUGAAAUCUCACAGCCGCAAACUACAAGUUUCAUACAACACGUCGUUCCAACCCCUUAACACCCUUCACAAUUCCACCUCCGCCUCACCACCACCGCCGUUAAAGAAACCCAUCAUCAUGUCACCACCACCACCACCACCGACGCCGCAGCCAUCGUCACAACAGCAAUAUUCUCAUCCACCCUUUGACUCGUCUAUGGCCUUAACCGUUCUUGUCCUAUUAGCAGCUCUUUUCUUCAUGGGCUUCUUCUCCAUCUACCUCCGGAAGUUCUCCACCGACCCAACACCGGAUUUCUCUUCUCACCGUCGCAACAACCCGACAACUCCCGUCCGUCAAUCAAGGGCAGCGUCAGGUUCAAGCAAGGGGCUCGACCCACAAGUUAUCAGGUCAUUGCCGGUGUAUUCUUAUUACCAUGAGGAUGCAAAGUACCAAAUUGAGUGCGCUAUUUGCUUGGGUGAGUUUGAGGAGAAAGACACCGUCAAAAUAAUACCAUACUGCAAGCACGUGUUCCACCUGGAAUGUAUUGACACGUGGCUUAAAAUGCACGUGACUUGCCCUGUUUGCAGAGGGAUUCGGUUUUUGGAGAUGAAUAGCAAGAGCAGCAGUGAUGGUUAUGGCGGCGGUUUGGUAUCAACGGUGGAAAAUGGUGAUAUGUGUAUACAGGUGGGGACACUGGGUAUGACGACGACUGACAGCUGACUGACUAGCUAGUCUAGCUGUACAAUACAGGUUAGUGAUAAGUGUGAAGUGGCACGUGUAAAAGCGUUCAUUUUUAUGAUAUAUUUAAUUUUUCCGGAAUUUCAGAAAAGAAUUAGACCACCUUUGAAUUUGGUAUCGUCCAUUACCAAAUAGCUAUUUUCUGGUGACUUUGGUGACUUGUUUUUCUCUUUUACAGGUUAGGCAAUUUUGCACAUAAUAUGUAGUUUCAUUUGGCAAAUAGAGUCUCGCCUUGUAAAAUUUUCUUCUGAAAUGAAACGCUGAUUUUGAAAUGCAA